CCUGGGAUCUGUAGUUUUGUUAUAGCGCACUACUGCCUGAAAGGUGGGCGGCGGGACUGCGUUUCCCGGAGUGCAGCGGGGCGGACGAGGGAAGGCAGGGGGGAAGGGACAGUCGGUCGCAGACCGCGCUGGGUUGCCGCCGCCGCUGCCGCCAUCGUGCCAGCCCCUCGGGUCUCAGCGAGGCUGGGUGACGCUCCAGGAUGGGAGACAAGCCAAUUUGGGAGCAGAUUGGAUCCAGCUUCAUUCAACAUUACUACCAGUUAUUUGAUAAUGACAGAACCCAACUAGGCGCAAUUUAUAUUGAUGCAUCAUGCCUUACAUGGGAAGGACAGCAGUUCCAGGGAAAAGCUGCCAUUGUGGAGAAGUUGUCUAGCCUUCCGUUCCAGAAAAUCCAGCACAGUAUCACGGCACAGGAUCAUCAGCCCACGCCAGAUAGCUGUAUCAUCAGUAUGGUUGUGGGACAGCUCAAGGCUGAUGAAGACCCUAUCAUGGGGUUCCACCAGAUGUUUCUAUUAAAGAACAUCAAUGAUGCUUGGGUUUGCACCAAUGACAUGUUCAGGCUUGCCCUGCACAACUUUGGCUGACCUCCUCCUGACCACUUACUCAUGCUGUUUCCUCCACCUCCUUUUUCUGAUACUAUCACACUCCUCCAGAUGCUCCAAAUAUCAUACACAAACAAGCAGGGCCGAGGUGGGAGUAGGUGCAGUGCUCUAUCCCCCCACCAAGGUGUUGUGCAUGAUGUUUGGAUGUUAGAUUAGUUGCAUCUGACAGGAGAAGUUUGUGUUGUACCAGCGCAUGCCUUGGAAAGACUUAAGUAAUGCAAAAGGUUGUCUUUUUUUUUUUUAAUCUACUGACAAGAUGCUCUAGUAACCCAAAGAAGUGAAGGAGAAAGCAGCUGCCUCACCGCCCAGAUACUGAUUUGUUCAGAUGUUUCAAAUGCCUCAUGAUACAAUAAAACCACAAAAAUUUUCUUAACAGUUUAAAUUGUUUUAAUUAGUUUAGUAGUUGGCUGGGUAUCAGUAACUACCCUGCCCUCAUUGUCUUUCUCAUGUCUUACCCUCUCACCUCUGCCUCAAAAUUCAGCAGUACUUGCUGCAUUUCUGAAGCAGUACUCCCAGCUAGCUUCUCUCAAGUCUGAGGGCAGGGUUCUCCACAGCCCACCUGAUCUUGGGAAUCCAGAUGGAGAGCUCACAUUGGCCUGACUCUUCUCUUGCACUGAAAACUCUGUAGUUAGCCCUAACACCUUCUGAGGUCUCUGCUCUGGGCAGAUUCAGGGCUUUACCAGCUGGAGAAAUAACCCUAAAUCCUAGCUGGAGAAGCCCUGGCCAACUUGGUCCACCAGGUCAGGCUCUCUGGCCUUGUUAGCAUGAUGGAGGAGUCUGCUCCAUCCCUGAAGGGUUAGAAUCAUAUUCAGGGUGCUCCACACCCCAUGUCAAGCAGAGGACAGUUCAGAUCCAUCUGCUUAGGAUAUCUUUACCCACAGCCAGGCCCUGUUGGGUUGGAGUAUAGAUUCUGAGCUAUGGAAGGAGUCUCUCUGAGCCAGAGGGAUUCAUUUUAUAGUUCUCAGACCUCUUCAGGGGCAUUUCCAGGUUAUUUUCUAUUCCGCCACUCAAUAACAUACAUCCCCACACCACUAUCUACAAAUCACAAAUCACCUUAACUAUUAGGGCAGUUUCUGUUCCUCAGUUUUAAAGACAGAGGCCUUGCCUAGUACAAAUCUAGCUCCUCGUCACUGAGCCUCUGGAUGGUUGUAAAGCUAGUA